GCUGAUAACACAAUGGAUUUGGGGCUCUCUGUCGCUACGUACUUUGUGCUGAUAUUAGUGCUGUUAUAUAUUCUGCACCAGUGGAAUAAAACAAGCUCAGCAAACUUUCCUCCAGGACCGAAAUGUUGGCCGCUGAUCGGGAAUUUACAUAUCAUGGAUUUAAGAAAACCGCACAAGACGUAUUUAGAGCUUGCAAAGACCUACGGCUCGGUGUUUAGCGUUCAGAUGGGCAUGAAAAAGAUAGUGGUCCUAGCUGGAUAUGAGACAGUAAAAGACGCUCUUGUCAAUCAUGCUGAAGAGUUUGGCGAGAGGGGGAGAAUGAAAAUAUUCAAGGACAUGGACAAGGGAAUGGGAAUCGCUUUCUCGGAAGGCGAAAACUGGAAAGUAAUGAGAAGAUUUACAAUAACCACAUUACGUGACUUGGGGAUGGGGAAAAGUACGCUUGAAGAUAAGAUUGCGGAAGAAAGUGUCCACCUAACUGACUAUAUUGCGUCCUUUAAAGGAAAGCAAUUUGAUGACCCCAUGAUCUUGAACGCUGCUGUGGCCAAUAUCAUUGUGGCGAUAAUACUGGGACAUCGCAUGAGCUACGAAGACCCACAAUUUAAGAGACUACUAAGCUUGUCCAAUGAAAAUAUUCGGCUUUUAGGAACGCAGAUGGUUUCGAUAUAUAAUAUGUAUCCAAUCUUGGGAUUCCUGCCCGGCAGUCACAAAACUAUUGUAAAAAAUGUGGAAGAGAUCCUGGAAUUUAUAACACAGACGUUUGUGAAGCAUCUAAAGGACUUAGAUGAGAAUGAUCAGAGAAGUUUCAUUGAUGCAUUCCUCGUACGACAAAAAGAGGAGGCAGAGAACUCUCAGACAUAUUUCCAUGAUGGCAAUCUAAGAAUAGUUUGUAGAACCCUGUUUUCUGCAGGAAUGGAGACAACAUCAACAACACUUUCCUGGGGUCUUCUGCUGAUGGUAAAAUAUCCAAAAAUCCAAGAAAAGGUCCAAGAAGAGAUCUCCAGAGUUUUUGGAUCCGCACAACCUUUGUACAGUCACCGGGGGCAGAUGCCAUUUACAUACGCAGUCAUACAUGAGAUCCAGAGGUAUUCCGACAUUGUCCCUCUCAGUUUGGCCCGUGAGACAUCUACAGAUGUGACCUUCAAGGGAUAUUUUAUUCCAAAAGGAACCUAUAUAAUCCCAUUACUGUCAUCUGUACUGAGAGACAAGACACAAUUUGAGAAACCUGAUGAGUUUUACCCAAAUCAUUUUCUUGACGCCAAAGGAAAUUUUAUCAAGAAAGAUGCGUUUAUGCCAUUCUCUGCAGAUGAGAUGAGUGGUUCGAAUUCUGUAGAUUCUGAUAGAACCGAACUUGGGGUUUCCGAGUAG